AAAUAUGUCAGAUUUUUGAAAAGUUUACGUUUAAAAUUCGUUAGAAACAAACCGUAAACGCGUAACUUUUCUUCGUAAAAUUUUACAAAAGGCUUGUAAUUAAUGUGUUUUCUCUAGUUUUUCUUAAACAGAAAUAAUCUCGUAUUUGACAAUUUGCCUUCACAUUGUUAUAUUUUGAGAUUGUAACAAAAUUCCGCAUUAUAAGAUGGAUGAUUUCAUGAAAAUAGAAAAGAUCGGUGAAGGUACUUACGGUGUUGUGUAUAAAGGUAAAAACAAAAUAACAGGACAGUAUGUGGCUAUGAAGAAAAUACGAUUAGAAUCAGAAGACGAAGGUGUACCCUCAACGGCUAUAAGGGAGAUUUCUUUACUAAAAGAAUUAAACCAUCCCAAUAUUGUGAAAUUGGAAGAUGUUCUCAUGGAGGAGAAUAAGUUGUAUUUAAUUUUUGAGUUCCUCUCCAUGGAUCUCAAAAAAUACAUGGAUUCCUUGGGUUCAGGCAAAUUCAUGGAUCCAAACACAGUGAAGAGUUAUUUAUAUCAGAUUAACAGCGCUAUCCUGUAUUGUCAUCAACGACGGAUCUUGCAUCGAGAUCUCAAGCCGCAAAAUUUGCUCAUUGACAAAACUGGUAUCAUUAAGGUGGCGGACUUCGGUCUAGGACGAACAUUCGGCGUGCCCGUGCGAGUGUACACCCACGAGGUGGUCACACUGUGGUACAGAGCUCCGGAGGUGCUGCUUGGUGGACAGAGAUAUUCUUGUCCCAUUGACAUGUGGUCCAUUGGAUGUAUUUUCUCUGAGAUGUCUUCCAAGAAACCAUUGUUCCAGGGUGACUCGGAGAUUGAUCAACUCUUUCGUAUUUUCAGAAUGUUGAGAACUCCAACAGAAGAAAUUUGGCCUGGAGUUUCAUCUUUGCCCGAUUACAAGCCCACUUUCCCCAACUGGACAACAUUUAAUCUUCAUAAUCAUGUACAAAACCUCGACGAAGUCGGCAUGGAUCUACUCCAAAAGAUGCUAGUGUACGACCCGUGCAGACGCGUAACCGCGCGAGACGCGAAGCGACACCGCUACUUCCGCGACGUGACACUACCGCCCGGCCUCACGGUCACCGAGGCCUAUGUGAAGCAAGCUGGUACCGAACCAGUUGCUGCAGUUUGAAGGAGCACUAUAUGCCAGUGGAAUAAAGAAACAGUGUCAUGUGAUAGUGUACUGUGCGUGUUAGUGGUUGCAAGUGGUUUGUGGGUAAGAAUUUGGGAACAGAGUAAGUAACUUAGAUAGGUAGGUACUAUUGUUAAGUAUGACAUUGGCAAAAUUUAAAUUAUUUGUCUACAUAUUGCCUUAAUUAAUACUGUCUAAUGUAGUGUCAUAGCGAAUGGAGCUAUUAAAUAGAGAGCCAAUCGUCUUUAUAUGUCAAUAAUUUACUUAGAAAUGUUUUUUUUUUUUUAUUAGACUCUUGUAUCAUACAUGGAGUGAAAUUUGGAAUAAGAGCACUCAUCUUAUAAAAUAUCAUUUGAUGACAGAUUCAUUAGAUUUUAAAUAUUCAAUAAUAAAAAUACAGCAUGUUAAAGCAGCUCUAUUCAUUAUGACACUAAUGAAAUCCUGUCAAUGUAUAAUGAAUAUAUCACUAGAUUUUUACAUAUUUAUACAUUUUUAUGAGGCAAAUAGAUUAUGGACAAAGGUUAAAUACAGUUUGCUUGAAAUAUUCAUUUAAAAUAACACAAUUUAUAACAACACAAUGUAAUUAUAAUAUCUGAUGCUCUCCUUUGACUAAGACAGACAGAAACUAUUCUUAUUGUAUUGAUAAAUAAUGUGUUUUAAUUUCACAAUAUGGUCACCUUUAAUAAUUUUGGUUGGCUUUUUGAUUUACUGCAUUUAAUAAAUUUCAAUUAAAUAUGAAACAUAGACAAAUUAUGAAAAUAAUUCAAGUAUCAUGUUACUGGUUUUUUUAAGUGAGCAUUAAAAAUGCCAUUAAAUUUGGUUUGUCUCAAAUGUAUAUAUAUGAUAUUCUGUUUUCGCUGCGACGACAUAUAAGCUCACAGCAAAAUAUUAAGUCAAAUUUGAGUAAAUUAGUAGAUUCGACUAACAGCAUUAUAUACUCAAAAGUUAUGUAAUAGAAAAUGUGUUCAAACCCGGCUUUUAAUUAUAAGUUUUAUGUAUAAAAAACUUUUUUUUUACACAACUUUCUAUUCAUUCAAAUUUUUUGUUGUGACCUUAUAUGAAACAUAUUAAUUAAUUGUAUAAGUGCUGGACCACUAUUUUUAUUUGAUUUGGUAUGGAAAUAAUUUGAUAAUUUUAAUUUUACAAUGAUAUUUGUGCUGAUGUAGAUGUUGUUAAGUUUAAUGUAAGAGAGGCAACAUCAACAAUUGUGUUUUAAUUGAUGACACUAUGUACUAGUAAAUAAAUUAAAUUUUAGGUAUCCUGUGUGUU